GCGAGUGCGUUUUCCUCUUAGGCGGCGCCAUUUUGUGCUCAGAGCCGCUACAGCCGCCGGCGGUGUGGGGGGUAGGUGGCGGGGACGCGGAGCCUGGGAUGGCGGAGACUCUGGCAGGCUCCGGCGAGUCGGGUUCUGGCACAGCCGCUGUGGGAUCGGGUGCCACGGAGACUGGGACGCGGCGCCUCAGCGACUUGCGGGUGAUCGACCUGCGGGCGGAGCUGAAGAAGCGGAACCUGGACACGGGCGGCAACAAGAGCGUCCUGAUGGAGCGGCUCAAGAAGGCGGUUAAGGAAGAAGGGCAGGAUCCUGAAGAAAUGGGGGUCACGCUGGAAGCCACCAGCAAGAAGACUGUGAAAAGAUGUGUCAAAGGACAAAAGAUGGAGGAAGAAGGCGCAGAAGACAACGGCCUGGAAGAAGAUUCCAGAGAUGGGCAGGAGGAGGCGGAGGCGGGUUUGGAGAGCCUGCGGAGCGUGGACGUGGUGGAGGUCGGGGUGUUGGAGGAGAGCGAGGCUGAGAACAGCGCCGCUCCAGACUUUGGGGAGGACGCCGCCGCCGGCGUCCUGGGUUCCCUGUGCGACGGCCCGGACUACGCGGCGGCCCGGCUGCGGGAGCCCCCCGCGCAGCUCGCAGAGCACGCUGUGGACGGGGAGGCCUUCGAGAACACUUUGGAUGCUUCAUCAUUGGACUUCAAGGUACCUACGGACGUUGAAGACCCUCUGCUGGAGCCAGAAAAUGAGAAAAUACUCGACAUUUUGGGGGAAACUUGUAAAUCUGAGCCAGUAAAAGAAGAAGGUUCCGAGCUGGAGCAGCCCUUUGCACAGGAUACAAGUAGCGUGGGGCCAGACAGAAAGCUUGCGGAGGAAGAGGACCUUUUUGGCAGCGCCCACCCGGAGGAGGGUGAUUUAGAUUUGGCCAGCGAGUCAACGGCACAAGCUCAGGCGAGCAGGGCAGACACCCUGUUAGCGGUAGUGAAAAGGGAGCCCGUGGAGCAGCCAGGCGAUGGCGCGCGGCCGGACUGUGAGCCUGUAGGGCUAGAGGAGCCAGUUGAGCAGAGUAGUAAAGCCUCAGAGCACGCGGAAGCCUCUAGCGAGGAGGUCGCGGAAGCGCCCCCGGAAGCCUCAAGCCCAGACCCCAGAGAUAGCAAAGAAGACGUGAAGAAGUUUGCUUUUGAAGCUUGUAAUGAAGUCCCUCCGGCUCCUAAAGAGUCCUCAGCCAGUGAGGGCGCUGAUCAGAAAAUGAGCUCUUUUAAGGAAGAAAAAGAUAUAAAGCCAAUCAUUAAAGAUGAAAAAGGUCGUACCGGCAGCGGCUCUGGCAGGAACCUGUGGGUCAGCGGACUGUCCUCCACGACUCGCGCCACCGAUCUGAAGAAUCUGUUUAACAAGUAUGGAAAGGUUGUCGGGGCCAAAGUGGUGACCAACGCCCGCAGUCCUGGAGCUCGGUGCUACGGGUUUGUCACCAUGUCGACAUCUGAUGAGGCUACAAAGUGCAUCAGCCACCUGCACAGAACUGAGCUUCACGGAAGAAUGAUCUCCGUUGAGAAGGCCAAAAAUGAACCGGCUGGGAAAAAGCUGUCCGACAGAAAAGAGUGUGAAGUGAAGAAGGAAAAAUUAUCUAGUGUUGACAGACAUCAUCCCGUGGAGAUCAAAAUUGAAAAAACCGUGAUUAAGAAGGAAGAGAAAGUGGAGAAAAAGGAGGAAAAAAAGCCUGAAGACAUAAAGAAGGAAGAAAAGGACGAGGAGGAGCCGAAACCAGGACCUCCGAAUCGGUCCAGAAUCACCAAAUCAGGAAGCAGAGGAAUGGAGCGGACCGUCGUGAUGGAUAAAUCGAAAGGAGAGCCUGUCAUUAGCGUGAAAACCACAAGCAGGUCAAAAGAGAGAAGCUCCAAGAGUCAGGAUCGCAAGUCGGAAAGCAAAGAGAAGAGAGACAUCUUGUCAUUUGAUAAAAUCAAAGAGCAAAGGGAGCGCGAGCGCCAGAGGCAGCGGGAACGGGAGAUCCGAGAGACGGAGAGGCGGCGGGAGCGCGAGCAGCGCGAGCGGGAGCAGCGCCUCGAGGCCUUCCACGAGCGGAAGGAGAAGGCGCGGCUGCAGCGGGAGCGCCUGCAGCUCGAGUGCCAGCGGCAGCGUCUGGAGCGGGAGCGCAUGGAGCGCGAGCGGCUGGAGCGGGAGCGCAUGCGCGUCGAGCGCGAGCGCCGCAAGGAGCAGGAGCGCAUCCACCGCGAGCGCGAGGAGCUGCGACGGCAGCAGGAGCAGCUGCGCUAUGAGCAGGAGAGGCGGCCGGUGCUGCGCAGGCCCUACGACGUGGACGGCCGGCGAGAUGAUGCUUAUUGGCCGGAAGCAAAGCGUGUGGCCUUGGAGGACAGGUACCGCCCAGACUUCCCUCGGCCCGAUCACCGCUUCCACGACUUUGACCAUCGAGACCGGGGCCAGUACCAGGACCACGUGGCUGACAGGAGGGAAGGAUCAAGGUCAGUGAUGGGAGAGCGAGAUGGGCAACACUAUGACGAACGCCACGGCCACGGAGGACCACCAGAGCGUCACAGCCGAGAGUCCCGAGACGGCUGGGGGGGCUACGGCUCCGACAAGAGGAUGAGCGAGGGCCGGGGGCCGCCGCCCCCCCCCAGGGGUGGGCGUGACUGGACGGAGCACCACGGCCAGAGGCUAGAGGAGCAUCAGGAGCGCGUGUGGCCGGGCUCGGUGGACGCAGGCACGGCGGGCCGGGAACACGCGCGGUGGCAAGGCGGUGAGAGGGGCCUAUCGGGGCCCUCAGGGCCAGGACACAUGGCAACUCGGGGCGGGAUGUCAGGGCGAGGCGGCUUUGCACAAGGCGGGCAUUCCCAGGGUCACCUGGUGCCCGGCGGCGGACUGGAGGGCGGACUGGCCGGCCAGGACCGGGGCAGCAGAGUCCCGCACCCACACCCCCAUCCCCACCCAUACCCCCACUUCACCCGCCGCUACUAAACCCAAACCACUCUGAGUUUCCAGGUAGGCAGAGGCACUGUUGACUCUCAGCCACGGUUCCCUUGAACUUGUGGAGUCUUUUAAGAAACAAAAGCAAAUCCUGCCACCAUGUUGUAGCUCAAUACGAUGUGAAUUCGCUUUUUUUUUUUUUAAUAAACGUGUUGUUCUCUGACAUUUUUAAGACAAGAUUUCUGUUAACGAGGCAUUCCAUUUUCCAUUAAUAAAAGUUUAUGGUUCGCA